AUGUCUAACAUCGUUCUUCCUUACUCCGCUCACCACUACAACUCCUUGCCAGACAUCAUGGAUGCUAGUCUCAAUUUCAAGCCUACGGAUGCUACGUUCUUGACCACGAUCAUCGGGCAGCUGUUCGUCAAACAUCAGGUUCAAAAACAUUUCGGAAUCAUUUUGCUGCACAAGCAUUUCCCUCUCGAUGAGAAUGAAAAGCUCGUAAACUGUCAAGCAGUUGCUGUGCCUUGGAAGACUUCGAGUCAUGAUGAACAGAUGUCAGCGGCUUUGGAGCCGUUCCUUUCUGAACUCAGGGCUGUACUUAAAAGGCUGGGUUUGCUAGAGAAACUCGGCAUCUGUGCUUUUACCAGUGAAGACGCAGAUUCAGAUGCGCAAAUGGAGUUUACAUUAGGCCGUGCCAACAUCACUUUGCUUUUUGAUGUUGAUCCCGGAGAUGACUCGAUUGACGCAGUAUGGAAAUUUGAGCAGCCCUCCGAAUUUGACUCACUGACAUUUAUACGUAGUAGCCAUCCAAGCCCCGUACUCUGUUGUUCUUGGACGAUGCAAACGUCGCUGCAAAGUAGGAGUUUAUGGACAUCAGAAAAAACACAUUAG